AAUGGGAAUGAUAUGGGGAAUAGAGAGAUUGGCUCUAUUCCUGGAGCUUUCUGAUCUUCAGGUAAGGGUGGCAUAAAAAUUUUGAUAACAUUGGGAGAAAUGGGAGAAAAUGAAUAUUACAAGUUUAUUUUGCAUUUAACCAGGAGUCAGGAAAGAGAUGGAAGUGGAGCAAGAAUCACUAAUGAGAAGUUGACAUCUCACUCUGUUAUAUGCACUCAUCAACAGUGGCAGAGAGAAUGUCCAUUCUUAAUGACACCCAGUUCCAUCCUUCUUCGUUCCUCCUCCUGGGUAUCCCAGGGCUAGAAGAUGUGCACGUCUGGAUUGGAUUUCCCUUUUUCUUUGCGUAUCUUGUUGCACUCUUGGGGAACGCUGCUGUCCUGUUUGUGAUCCAGACUGAGCAUAGUCUCCAUGAGCCCGUGUACUACUUCCUAGCCAUGUUGGACUCCAUCGACCUGGGCUUGUCCACAGCCACCAUCCCCAAAAUGCUGGGCAUCUUCUGGUUCAGCCUCAGGGAUAUAUCUUUUGAAAGCUGCCUUUCCCAGAUGUUCUUCAUCCACUUCUUCACUGCCAUGGAGAGCAUUGUGUUGGUGGCCAUGGCCUUUGACCGCUAUGUUGCCAUUUGUAAACCCCUUCGGUACACCAUGAUCCUCACCAGCAAAAUCAUCAGCCUCAUUGCAGGCAUGGCUAUUCUGAGGAGCCUGUGCAUGGUGGCCCCUCUGGUAUUUCUCCUCCUGAGGCUGCCCUUCUGUGGGCACUAUAUCAUCCCUCAUACCUACUGUGAACACAUGGGCAUUGCUCGCCUGGCCUGUGCCAGCAUCAAAGUAAAUAUUAUGUUCGGUCUUGGCAACAUUUCUCUCCUAUUAUUGGAUGUGCUCCUUAUAAUUCUCUCCUAUGUCAGGAUCCUCUAUGCUAUCUUCUGCUUACCCUCCAAGGAUGCCCGACUCAAAGCUCUCAACACCUGUGGCUCUCACAUUGGUGUUAUCUUAGCCUUUUUCACACCAGCAUUUUUCUCUUUCUUGACACACCGUUUUGGCCACAACAUCCCCCAAUAUAUCCACAUCCUCUUAGCCAACCUAUAUGUGGUUGUUCCGCCAGCUCUCAAUCCUGUAAUCUAUGGGGUCAGGACCAAGCAGAUUAAGGAGCAGGUUUUGAGGAUCUUUUUAAAAGACAGUUAA